AUGUCAUCAUCAUCAGGAUUACAAAGACGUCGUGGUGCUAAACAAUCCACACCAAAACCAAGAACAUCAGAGUCCUUUGAUGAAGACCGUUCCCCAGCUACAAAUAAUGUGGCCUCAGAUCAUAAAAUAGGAUACGAUGAUAAGGAUAUAAAAAGUCCAGCCUCUUUGAAACAACCUUUAUUAACUUUGAUGGAAGAAGUUUUGUUGAUGGGAUUGAAAGAUAAAGAAGGAUACUUGUCCUUUUGGAAUGAUAACAUUUCUUACGCUUUACGUGGAUGCAUAUUAUUGGAAUUGACUUUCCGUAACAAAAUCACUUUGGUGAAUGAUCCAGCAAGACGUCGCUUUGAAUUGAGCGAUAGAUUGGUUGAGGUUAUAGAUUCCGAACCAACUGGUGAAGUUUUAUUAGAUGAAGCUUUGAAAAUUAUGAAGAAUGAUGAAAGUAAUUUGUCCGUUACCAACUGGAUUGAUUUAUUGAGUGGUGAAACCUGGAAUUUGAUGAAGAUUAACUACCAAUUGAAACAAGUCAGAGAAAGAUUAGCCAAAGGAUUGGUGGAUAAAGGUAUUUUAAGAACUGAACGUAAGAAUUUCUUCCUUUUCGACAUGGCUACUCAUCCUGUUGCUGAUAAAUUAUCUAAAGAAUACAUUAAAAAUAGAAUCUUGAAUUUGUUAGUACAGAGGAAUGUUGAUUUGGACAGUGUUGCAAACGACCAAUUCCCAGCAGAUACUUCAUUUAAAUAUUUGAGAUCAAUUUCUUUGGUUUGUGGAUCUUAUGCUGCUAAUGUUUUAGAAAAUGUGUUAUUAUCAUUGAAUUACGACAAAAGAGAUCAAGCAUUUGCUAGAGCUGAUGAAUUAUUGGCCGAUUUCAGUGAAUAUCCAUUCAAUUUAUCACACCAAAGUCCACUAGGCGUAGGCUUGAAUUUGGGACAAGAAGUUAGUGAUGAAAUUGAAAAAUCUUCUGCUACUGAAUUGCAAUUAGAAUUAAUUGCUGCUGUUUUGAGCGUAUUUGCUAGAAUGGAUUCAAUUCUUUAA